AUGUCAGACACCGAGAUGAAGAGGACAUCGGUGACGGCGAAGAAAACCAGUACCGAACAUGUCGACUACCCUUCUAGUGAGCAUCAAGCUGUCGAGCAGCCGAAACUUACUUGGAGAAUGAUAUUCUUGGGCAUAUAUGUCGGCAUGGCUGGUUGGAUGUACAACUUUGAUCUUGGUUAUAGUGGCGUUGUGCUACUAAUGAAUCCUUUCAAGCAAGCCUUUGGGUCAUAUGGCCCAAUUCUCACGUCAAAUGGAGAAAUUGUCAACGGAUAUAGUCUUACCGACCUACAACAGUCCUUGGUCUCAAUUACGGUACUGUUCAUCGGUCUCGGCUCUGCGCUUGCAAGCGUCUUUGGUCAAUAUACAGGACGACGAGGUACUAUUCAGGCGGCAGGCGGCCUGCAUAAUUAUCGCCGCUGGCGCUGGUGGGGCAUCUUCCUCGGAUUUUUCGCCUGGGGUUUGGCAGUUGGUCAGCUCACAGCAAACGGUGUUUGUAUGGCUACUGCAAAGUAUACGACAUACCUCGCGUGGCAAACACCGAUCAUCUGUCAUAUUCCCCUCGCCAUUACCUAUGGGGUCCUAACAUUCGCAUUCCCUGAGUCUCCUAGGUGGCUACUUACCAAGGGCCGCGACGAUGCAGCCCGCAAGUCUUUUGCCAUAUACUACGGAAAACCAGUCGACGAUCCUGUGGUCUCUUAUCAGCUUAAUGAAGUUGUGCGCCAUCUUGAGCUUGAGAGGAGAACAGAUUCAGCAAGAUUUUGGGACAUUCUUCGAGGUGUUAAUGCUAGGAGGACUCUGGCCUCUGCGAUCAUCGCCCUAGGUAUCGCCGCGUCAGGCUCUCGAUUCAUUACUACCUACGCAGUCAUCUUUUUUGCUGGCAUCGGCCUAGGAAAUCCUUACCUGAUCAACGUCCUCCUAGCGGCGUCGGCAAGUGGUGGUGUUAUCUUGGUUCCGUGGCUGGUCGAAUAUAAAGGACGAUGCUUCGUUCUUCUCUUCGGCUAUGGCCUCCUUGGUACCUACAUGUUAAUAAUUGGAGCUGUUGGAUCCGGUUUUGGGCAAAGCAACAACACAGCACAGCUUAUACUGAUCGUUUUCCCUUGUUUGUGGAAUUUCACCUACGGUCUAAUUCUUAGGACGAGGUUGUCCACCGGCUCAGCAGAGCAACACUCUCUGAGGCUACGAACCUACGGUCAGGCAUUUGUCAUUGCUUUAUACGAAGUUGUAGCAUUUGUGGUCUCCUUCAGCAUCCCUUAUAUGAUCAGUCCAAACUACGGAAAUAUGGGAUUAAAUGUUGGUUACUUUUUCGCAGGACUUUCUGCUCUAAUCUGGGUUGGCUCUGUUUUCUUCGUUCCAGAAACUGGCCAAAUCAGCCUAGAGCAGAUUGACGACCUCUAUAUGAGCGGGACAUCGCCGUGGAAAACGUCUCUCAAAAAGAAUAAGAAAAUAGCACUGGAGUCGGGCCACUUAUUAAUGUAG